GAGGAUGAAUGGACGAUCAUUAAAGGUAUGCUUGAAGGGCAUAUUGCAUGCCGAGAGUUACCACCAUUCGUGAAGCAUGUGCUAGAUGAAGACACGCGUCUUCGACAGUAUGGAACAGUUCAGGCUCAAGUGGAAGGAGAACUCCCGCUGCGGUUGGGAGGGCGUGAUAAACUCCAUGCGUCACAGCAGAGCACGAAGGCCAUCGUGGAAGCAAUUUUAAGAGCAGCGGAACCAGGGGCAACUCAAAGUCUGUACAACUUCGUAAACGCCCUGAAAACCGUGAGCUACAACAGAGUGAAGAAGGAAAUUCACUUUUAUUUCUUCACGAGGGCGACAGCAGCGUCAAUGACUAGUGUGCCCAUUCCUUUCCGCGGAAAAGUGUACGGCUUGCGAAAUGUGCAUGCCAAGGCUUCGAGAAACGCAUGGGAGAAUCAGCGCAGCUCGAACGGAAUCGCCGGAGUGCGUCCAAACGUGUACGAAAUUCGCCUACACAAUGUGACGAGGUUUGUCGAGAUUGGGAAACUAAAAGCGUAUUUACGCAAGCACAUUCCGAUGGAUUUCUCGAUGGAGCCGCUAGAUCAGUGCAACCCGAAAGCUCAUCUGUCGUCAGUAUGGCAACUGCAAUUUCAGUUGGCAGGAUGCCCAAUAUUCCUGGAAGGAAUAGUGCGCAUCCACUGGUUCGGACACAAUCUCAUUGUGCAACAUCCGAGAACGCCGCUAAGACUUCUCUGUCUUAACUGCGGAGGACAAGGUCAUAGAAUGUUACACUGCAAUGAGCAGGAGGAAGAGAAGAUGGCAAAAGGCACCAAAACGGUAACAGAAGCGGAGCUCACUGGGCUCGAGGAUCUGGCUAAGCCGUUCUCGAGCAUGGAAGACAUCCGCCAAGAUGCCGAAGCACGACUACAGCGACAGCAGCAGAAGAAACGUGAUUAA